UCUUCUUCAUUUCACAGACUCUUCUUCCUGCAUUUGUGCUUAUUCUUCAAUUAAGUUCUUCUUCAUUUCACAAGCUCUUUUUCCUUUCACAGGUCUUUCUUCUUCAUUUCACUUUUGGAAAUUGAUUGAUUAUUUAUCCUUCGCCCUUCGUCCUUCGUUACUGAGUGUGCAUCGUUCGCCCCGUGGCUCGUCAUUGUCGCUUGAGUUUCCAGAAAUAGUUGAGCGUGCUCGCCUUUAGGGAUUGCGCGCGUGGGCGUCUUCGUUCGUUGCCUGUGAGCGCAAAAUCGUUGAGCAAUGCGAGGAGGGAGCGAGGAUCGGAUGUGCCGUCAGCGCUUCCAGGAACUGUAAGCCUACGUGGUGGAAGGCUCUGGCGGACCUCACACUUCACGAUCUGAAGGAACGAGAGGAGUGCGAAGUGCAGGAAAUGGCGGAUUGUUUCGUCGUGGCUAAGGACAAAUGUGCUAGCUUCGCCAGGGAGAAGUGUUUGGUUCCCUUUAGGGAUGCGAAGAUUAGGGUUGCGAAAGGGGUUUUGAGUUCCAAGGGUGUUGGGAAGUUGAUUGGUUGGGGAUCGGUGCCUGUGAGUGGGAGGAACAUGUGGUUGAUGAAUCAAAUGGGUCUGAUAAGUGGUGAUUUGGGAAAAAAAUGUUUCUAUCAGAGGAUUCUAUCAAGGUUCAUCAACAGAUACCAACCAAUAUACGGUGAAGUUGAGAAACGAUAUAUUCACGAUCCACUACUUCCUCAGGAUUUUAAGUUCUGCUUGUGGAAAAUGAUUGAUUGGAUCAUGAAAAUUGUACACCUCAGUGGAUGCCUGAUCCUCUGCAGGAUCUUAAAGGAUGUAAAGUUUUUCACAAUUAGAUGGUGUCAACCUCAAUUAUAACUGCAGAGAAUAUCUUGCAGUCUUGCAGUAUAUAAAAGUAUUCAGUCAACAACAUGUUGAGCCUAGGGUAAGGAGGGUGGCAUUGAAUCGUGGUGCUGAGUACUUGGAGCAGUACUUUCGUCUAAUUGCUUUUGCAGCAUAUCUUGGAAGUGAAGCAUUUGAUGGAUUUUGUGGACAAGGAGAAUCCAGAAUGACAUUAAAGGUUUGGUUGCAUCAAAGGCCAGAGGUGCAGGCUAUGAAAUGAAGCAUCAAAUUAAGACCGAGGCGUUUAUUCACUGUCCCUAUGAGUAUUUAUCAACCUUUCUAUUUGCAAUAUUACAUUCCCCAAUUUGAAACAUGAUUUAUUCAAGAAUGUCAAUACUUUACUAAUUAGUUUAUUUUUCUUCCACUCUUUUUAUGUUGUGCUUUACACUUUUCAUACACAUAAUGACCAUAUUACAAUAAUUGUAAAUAUAUAUUUUUAUCAUAUAUUUAUAAUUACUAUUUCAUUAUAACUUAUAGUAUCAAUAUUUUUAAUUUAAAACGUUUUUAUGCAAUUAUGACAUCAUGGUUUGUCUGUUGGAACUGCUGACAAUAUACAAGAAAAUCACAUGUGGUCUAUGUAGGUGGCGAGAAUGGUCAAAGAAUAGCAAUGGUGAAACAUCAUUAUUUGCUUAGAGUAGCUUGUUUUAUUAUUUUGGUGUUUGAAGGACUUUCUGAACUUUCUUUUCAUUAUAUUCUAAUUCUUGUUUUUCUUCUUUGUAAUUAUUGAAAGCUUUAUCUUAUGUUUUUAUCAAUGUAAUGCGGUUGACUGUGAGAAUGUCAUUAUCUAAUACUUCACUUGUUCAGGUUGAUGAAUACCCUUUGUAUUGCAUGGCAACUCCAACCAUCUCUGGUAAUUGUUCAUACCAUUUAUUUUAAGCUGGAACAAUUUCGGUGGACAUCUUUUUAUAUUGUUUUGCCUUGCACAAUUAUGGUUCAAAUUUGUCAUAAUAAGAUGCAGAUUUUGUUUACUCUUGUUAUAUUUAAAUGCUUAAACCUGACCAACACUUAUAUAAAGGCUGGCCGUUCUCCUAUUUUUUUAAUGGAAGUAUGACUAAACUAAAUUAUUUAUGUUAAAGGCUGAUGGGUCUGCAAGUGGAUUUACAAAAUCAAAUAUCACUCUGAUUCAUGCUUUAAAGCACAAUUAAUUGCCUUGGGAAAUCAUCAAGUUAUAGGGAUUGACUACGACGAGACCUUUGCCUUAGUGGCAAAUAUGAUCAUCAUUUGAACAAUGUUAGCAGUUGUUAUAGCCAAAGACUGGGAACUCCAUCAAAUGGAUGUCCAUAAUGCUUUUCUUCAGAGAUCUAGAGGAAACCAAGUAAGUGGCGAGAUCUAGAGGAAACCAAGUAAGUGGCCUCCAGGAUUCUUGGUGUCUCAGAUUGGUAUGGUGUGUCGUCUCUACAAGUUCAUUUAUGGCCUUCGUCAAGCUCUUUAGUGUUGGUUUGCUAAACUCUCAAAUGCUCUUGAUCAAUACGUGUUCCAACACUCUCAAUCAAAUCACUCCUUGUUCAUUUUAAGAAAAAAAAAAUUGUACAACUAGUCGUGUUAGUUUAUGUGGACAAUGUUGUCAUUAUUAGUAUUCAUAAAGUUGCCAUUACAAAA